UACAACAUCAUCAUCAUCAACCACCAUCAUUAUUAAAUUCUCCUUUUGCAUCACAAGUAGGUUGUUGCUAUAUAUACACAAUUCAUACACCACCUCCUUCCCUUGUUCAAACAAUUCUCCAACAUUCAAAGCUACACAUAAUUUUAGCCAAAGGCUUGAAAGGUUUAGAUACCUUCUUUUUUUUCUGAUCAGGAUUCAAAGUUGAAACCGUAGAUCAGUUUUAGUUUCCUCUAAUUUUAAUUCAGAGAUAUAUAGAGAGAGAGAGCAACAAUGGGAAAUAGCUUAAGGUGUUGUUUGGCUUGUGUUCUUCCAUGUGGGGCACUGGACUUGAUUCGAAUAGUGCAUUUGAACGGCUAUGUGGAAGAGAUUACACGUUCGAUCACAGCUGGAGAGGUUCUCAAAGCAAACCCUAACCAUGUUCUUAGCAAACCUAGCUCUCAGGGAGUUGUUCGCCGGAUUUUGAUCCUCUCGCCGGAGACCGAGCUCAAAAGGGGCAGCAUCUACUUCUUGAUCCCGGAAUCUUCGCUGCCGGAGAAUAAACGACACGCCGGAAAAGGAAGCAUUGGCGGCGGUGAUGGUGAUGUCAAAAAGAAAGCAUCAACGAGGAAGAACAACAAGGGUGAUGGUGAUGAUUUUCCGUCACGGUCACUCAAAGCCUCUCACAAAGAGAAAAAAUCGUUAUGCCGUGAUCGCCGGAAAGGUCGCAUUGGAAUAUGGAAACCUCAUUUGGAGAGUAUAUCGGAAGACUAGUCCGGUUUGUGUUAUCCGCCGGUGGCCGGAAUCCGACAUCGCCGGAAAAUGCAGAGAAAAAAAAAUUGUUCAAUUAUUAAAAUAUAUAGGAACAGAAACUUUUUUCUCCUUGUUUUAUAAAUGUAUGUGGGAAUUUGAUUUUGUGGAUAAAAAAAUUUACCUUGCUUUCAAAUUGUUUUGCUGAGUUGAGUUUGAUCACAUUUUAAUUUGUUUUGCUUUUCAACAAUAAGGUAAAAGAAGAAGAAAAAGAAGUUACCAAGAGUGAAGAUUUCAAGAUUGUACCAAACGAUUUCCAACCUCAAAUUCAUGCAAAUA